UAAUUUUAUUUUAAAAACCAAGGAGUGAAAUUACAAAAUAGACAUUAACAUAAAGUUUGAAAAUAAAAAAAUAUAAAUUAUUUUAUUAAUUAAAAGAAAAAUAAAAUGGAAAAAUAUAUUUUUUAGAAAUUUAUGAAAUAAUUGAAAAAAUUGAAAUAAAAAAUAAUUUUUGUUUCAUGCAAUAUACCUAAAUUACAUAUAUACAUAAUAUACAUAAUAUAUUUUACAUAAAAAAAUAAAAGCAUUUUUUCUUUGAUAAAAAGAAAAUGAUGGAAGGUGGUGCUUAUGGUGGAGGAAAAGCUGGUGGAGCCUUUGAUCCUCUAGCGUUCAUUCAAAGACCUCAAGUUAUUUUACGUGCUUUAUGUUGGUUAUUUUCAAUAGUUGUUUUUGGCUGCAUAUCAUCUCAAGGUUGGCAAAUAAAGGAUAAUAAAGAAGUUUGCUUAUAUAAUGAAGACGCAAUGGCAUGUAAAUAUGGUACAACUAUUGGUGUUAUUGGUUUUUUAGCUUCAAUGGCUUUUAUUGUUGGGGAAUAUUUAUUUGAACAAAUGUCUUCUGUGAAAAGUAGGAAGCAUUAUGUAUUAGCUGAUUUAGGAUUUUCUGCUUUUUGGGCAUUUAAAUUUUUCAUAGUUUUUGUCUAUUUAUGGUCUCAAUGGAGUUCGUCAACACCACCGCCUUCCGGUUAUGGUGUAAGUAAUGUCCAAGCUGCAAUAGCAUUCUCAUUUUUCUCCAUUUUCACAUGGGCAGGAUGUGCUUUCUUUGCAUGGAAAAGAUAUAAAAUUGGCGCUGAAGCUGCAUUCGCGUCCACUUUUGAGUCGGAUCCUGGUGUAAAUCAGUAUCCAAAUUAUCCUAUGGAAAAUGAAACUGAUCAAUAUAGUCAAGCACCAUUUACAGCUCAACAACAAGUUGACCCAUCGGAUUAUCAGCCACCCACCUAUUAAAAUACCAGUAAAACCUUAAAAGCAUUAUUAAUUAAAUUGUAUUAUUAUAUUCAAUAUAUAACACUAAAGUUUAUUUAUGUAUAUGUAUAUAGUUAUAUAUUGAAAUUAAAUAUUUUAUAGAUAUUGAAGAAACACACAUAAUAUCCUAAAGGGUAUAAGUAGAGAUUGUUACAAAAAUACUAACUACCAUGAAAUAUGGAAAGAGAUAAUUUUAUUUUAAUAAUAAAUUUUUGUAGACAUAAAGUGUGAAUAAUGAAAAAAAAAUUAUGUAUAAUUUUUAAACUAUAAUAAAUGUACUAGGUAUAUGUAUUUGUUACAAUUUAUGUUAAUUGCGCUAAUUAAAAAUUGAAGUUGCUUUACGUAAAAGAUAUCGUAUUUAUAAAGUUUGGUUAAAAAAAUUAAAAUAAUAAUUUAAAUUAUAGUAUAGGAUUUUUAUUGUCAUAGUAGAUGCUUUAUAAAUAAAAUCUAGUGACGAGAAUGGAAGAAAAAAAUAUAUUUAGAGGAGUCAUCGCAUUCACUAAAUAUUUAAGUAUAUAACGAAACUAUUUUAAUCCAUUAAGCUAAAUUUUAUGAAAAUUUUUUUUUCAUUACGCGCUUUAACUAGUAUUUUUAAAUCUAUCGUAUUUCUGUUUAUGUAUAUUCAUAUUCUUUUAUUAUAGUAACUAAACAAGUUCUUUAAAGUUCGUUGAAAUGAAAUACAAAAAGACAAGAUCAUUAUUCCAUGAAAACUUUACAUGGGCAAUAUUGAUAAAAUAUAUAACUUAAUAUAAUAUAAUAUAAAUGGAAAUUCAUUAAAUAUUAGUAAAUAAUUAAAAUUAGCAAAUUCCAUUUUGUUCGAAAACAAAUUAUGAAAAGUUAUAAGAAGUAGUAUUAUCAAAUUUUAAUUUUUUUUUUAAUUAUUAAUAUUUCAUGACUAAAUCAAUUCUUAAUAUAAAAAAAAUAAUUGAGAAACAUUUGACUUUUAUAAUAAAAAGAAUUGAAUGAUAUCGCGCGUUAUAUAUAUGUCCAAAAUAGAUAAAAAAAAUCUUAAAGGAGAUAGAAAAUAUAUUUGAGGAAAAAUAUUUUCAUUUCGUUUUAUAAUUUUGCAUUAUUAACACUUAUAUGGUUAUUAGUGACAAUAGUUACAUGUAUUAUUAUUUAUUUUAUAUUAUAUAAAUUUUUUCCUCGAAUUUUUAGUCUAGCUAAUUUCUCUAUUGUUAUUGAAAUACUGAAUUUUAAUAAAUUUCUUCCGCUGAUCAAUAUAGGUAGAGAUUUUGCUACUCUAAUGAAUCAUAUAAAUAAUAUUACUAUAUUCUUAUCAUUGUAUACUUGCGGUUGUGUUAUUAUAUAAAACGUUUGUAUAUCGUUAUAUAGUUCAUAUUUAUAGAAUAUUUUCGUCACUUUUAGCAGAAAAAAAACGUAUUAUAUGCAUAUAUUACAUAAAAAAAGUGUUUUGCUUCUCUCUUUUCAAUGCAAGUCUUAUCAAUUGAUUUAAUUACUUUAUCAAUUUUUUAUUAACUGAAUUAUACAUAAUAAUUUUGUAGUUAAGUUAAAAUAACCGGCAUUUCCCAAUUUUUUUAAAUAAGAAAUAAAUUUUAAAUUAAAAAAAAUACUAGAUAUGUACCUAGUGUGAUCAAAAAAGUCAAAAAUACAAGUUUGUGUUAGAAAAACAAUAUGCUAUAUAGUAUAAAAACGUAUAAUUAUUAUAAGUCUUGUGUAAACUGAAAAGAAAUUUGCAUAACAUUUGAAAUAAAACAAAUAAUAAAUAUUUUUCGUAACAUAUAACAAAUUAAUAUUAUAGCAUAUGAAAAUUAAAAAAAAAAAUACAUAUGUACAUAUGUUUAAUGAUCCAACAUUUAACACUUAAUAAAUGUAGGAUCAUUCAAACGUAUACUAAAAUACGGUGUUUUUAAAGCUUAAAAAAUUGAAAUUACCCCUUGCUAACUAGAUAAUAAAUAAAUUUAAGAUAUAUUACAAAUAAUUUCAACUAUUAAUGUUUAUCUCAUUCCUAUUCAAUUAAAAUAAAAACGAGAACACACAAAAAAAUACUUUAAGAAAACAAGAAUUGAAAUAUGUAUUUAUCGGUAAAAUUUUUCUUUCAGUUCUUUUGCGAAAGUCAACGUACUUUUAUAAGAAAAAUUAAUGAACAUUUAAGAAAUAAAUUAUUGAUAUAUACUUAUUAUAUCAGAUAAUGGUAGAUAAUACAAAUUUCUUUAAGAAGAUCUACCCAAAAAAAUUCUGUUAAUAUUAAAUUAUUUAAGAAAUGUAAAUUAUUUGAAAAGUAAUUUCUGUUUUUAAAAUAUUGAUAAACAUUAUUAUACAUGCGUACAUAGACAAAAAUAUUUAUAUUUUUCACAAAAAAUAUAUGUAAUUCCAAUAGGUAUUAAAGAAAAAAAUAUAUUUCUUCCAUUUACAAUUUUGUUUAACUACAUAUUUUAAAGUAUAGUAUUAAACAUCUGAUAGUUAUAUUUUAAUGAAAAGCUGUUAAAAAAUUUAUUUGCUUGAAAAUUUUGCUUAUUUCCAAACAAAUUGUUUUCCUUUACUAUAUCGCUAUUAAUUUUUGGUACAUAUUACAUAUGUACAUUUGUUCUUAAAGAUAUUAUUGUUAAAUAAAACUUAAAUAGCAAUAAUACAAACGUGAACAAAUUAAA